AUGAACCGCAUGAUCACGGACGAGAAGGCGCGGAUUAAUACGACGGCGCUCCUGAGCACCACAAUCAUGGAUGCUGUGAGCUUUUUGGGAACGCCAGAGUGGGACGAAGAAUAUAUCAAAUUCCUCCUUCGGGUUAACGAGGAAGUUCGGAGGCAGAUAAUCUUCAGUAUGUCAAUGUUCAACCGGCAGGCCUCAUCCUCAUCAGACUUAACCAGCGGCGGCGGCGAGCCCACAGUUGUGCCGCAGUUUUGGAUCUACUGGGCCGUCAGCCUACCUUUGACCGUCGCCAUCGUGAUCGGCCGGCGAGUGUGGUGGCAUUUUCAGAAGUCUUACCAUGAGACCAAGCUCUUGAGAUCAGAGAAGGAAGACGAGAUACACCUUCUACUUACUGUGGAGCUCGUCAUUCGAAAGGCGCAACUCCAAGCGGCAAUCGUUACAGUUUACCCACCCGCACUCCAGCAUCAACAGCUUCUUGACACACAUACCUUGAACAUGACCUCAAUCAGCGCCGAAAUGCGGAACCGCCGCUGGACGAGAGACUCGUACCUUAUCUCGACAGAUGCAUCCCUCAUCUCAGUCGCCCAACUCAACGCUGCAUUCGCGUCGGAGGCCGUCUACUGGACCAAAGCUAUACCGGAACCCAUUUUGAAAGAAAUGCUGCAAAACUCCCUCUGCUUCGGCCUCUACGACACGACCACUUCUCAACAAGAACCCAGCACCAGUAGCGGCAGCGGCACAGCUCAAGAAAACGCCGCCGAGUCGGAGGAGUACCACCGUUUAGUCGGCUUCGCCCGUCUUGUCACAGACUUUAUAUCCUUCACUUAUGUCACAGACGUCUGGGUUGAUCCCACAAUGCAGGGCAACGGCCUGGGAAGAUGGCUAGUGGGAUGCGUGCAAGAAACGCUCGAGCCGAUGCCGUACUUGAGGAAAAGCAUUCUGGCCACCGAUAGCUGGGAUAAGUCUGUGCCGUUUUACGAGAAGAUGAUGAAGAUGAGCGUCAUUGGCGGGCAACCUGGAGGCCAGGCGAUCAUGCAGAUGAAGGGAAAGGGGGCUCCAGGGUAUACGGAAAAGACCACUUGA